AUUGUAUGCUUAAAACGAGGGAAAACAAAUAGCGAGCACCAUGAGCGAGGCGGAGAAACAGGCGGUGUCCUUCGCCUGCCAGCGCUGUCUGCAGCCCAUCGUCCUGGACGAGCAGCUGGAGAAGAUUAGCGUGCAUGCCAUGGCGGAGUUAUCUUUGCCCAUCUACAGGGACAAUGGCAAUACCCUGGAUCCCCAGGACGCCAGCAGCUUCGACCACUUUGUGCCGCCCUACAGGCUCACGGACUCCAUCAACGGCACUGGCUUCAUGCUGGUUUCCGAUGGCCGAGACAACAAGAAGAUGAGCGCCGCCUUCAAGCUGAAGGCGGAGCUCUUCGACUGCCUGUCCUCCAACUCGGAGAUCGACCAUCCGCUGUGCGAGGAGUGCGCCGACUCCAUGCUGGAGAUCAUGGAUAGGGAACUGCGCAUCGCCGAGGACGAGUGGGAUGUGUACAAGGCAUAUCUGGACGAGCUGGAGCAGCAGCGCGAGGCGCCGAAUGUGGAGGCGCUGGACAAGGAACUGGACGAACUGAAGCGCAGCGAACAGCAGCUUCUGUCGGAGCUGACGGAGCUCAAAAAGGAGGAGCAGUCGCUGAACGAGGCGAUUGCCCAGGAGGAGCGGGAGCGCGAGGAGCUGCACGAGCAGGAGGAGAGCUACUGGCGCGAGUACACCAAGCACAGGCGCGAACUGAUGCUCACGGAGGACGACAAGCGGAGUCUGGAGAGCCAGAUUGCCUACUCGCGUCAGCAGCUGGAAAAACUGCGCGAUACCAACAUCUUCAACAUCACCUUUCACAUCUGGCAUGCCGGGCACUUUGGUACCAUCAAUAACUUUAGGCUGGGCCGGCUGCCCUCCGUUUCGGUGGACUGGUCCGAGAUCAACGCCGCCUGGGGACAGACCGUGCUCCUACUGUCCGCCCUGGCCCGCAAAAUCGGACUUACCUUCGAACGCUAUCGCGUGGUGCCCUUCGGCAAUCAUUCGUACGUCGAGGUGCUCGGCGAGAAUCGAGAGCUUCCGCUGUACGGCAGCGGCGGCUUUAAGUUCUUCUGGGACACCAAAUUCGAUGCGGCCAUGGUGGCCUUCCUGGACUGCCUCACGCAGUUUCAGAAGGAGGUGGAGAAGCGCGACACCGAGUUCCUGCUGCCCUACAAAAUGGAGAAGGGCAAGAUUAUCGAUCCCUCGACGGGAAAUUCCUAUUCAAUCAAAAUCCAGUUCAACUCGGAGGAGCAGUGGACCAAGGCCCUGAAGUUCAUGCUGACCAACUUGAAAUGGGGUCUGGCCUGGGUUUCCUCGCAAUUCGUGUCGCCGUGAUGUUCUCUUGGGUCAUUCAAAUGUUUAUUUAUACAAUUACUUAUUAAUCCUCUUAGUGCUUAGUAUUAAAUCGAAAUCUUUCAAAUUUUA